AUGACCGCCCGCGUCCUCGUCCUCGGCAGCGGCGGCAGAGAGCACGCCCUCGUCUGGAAGCUCGCACAGUCCCCCGCCGUCGCCCACAUUUUUGUCUGCCCGGGCAACGCAGGCACCGCCGCCUCCUCAAAAUCAUCCAAUGUCGACAUCUCCCCCUCCGACUUUCCCGCUCUCAUCCAGUUCGCCGUGGGCAACAAGAUAGAUCUCGUCGUCCCAGGCCCGGAGCAGCCCCUCGUCGAUGGCGUACACGCCCACUUCAAAAAAGUCGGAAUCCCCGUCUUCGGGCCGACCGCGCUCGCAGCCCGCAUGGAGGGCUCAAAGGCCUUUUCAAAAGACUUUAUGCACAGACACAACAUCCCCACCGCUCGAUACCGCACCUUCCCCGCCUCCCAGUUCGCCGACGCAGAGGCGUACCUCAAAACCGUCGACCACCCCGUCGUCCUCAAAGCGAGCGGGCUCGCAGCCGGCAAAGGCGUCCUCAUCCCCGAGACGACCGAGCAGGCCAUCGCCGGUCUGCGCGAGAUCAUGGUCGACAACGUCUUUGGCGACGCCGGCAACGAAGUCGUCAUCGAAGAACACCUCACCGGCCCCGAAAUCUCCGUCCUCGCCUUCUCCGACGGCUACACCAUCGUCCCCCUCCCCGCCGCCCAGGACCACAAGCGCAUCGGCGAGCACGACACCGGCCCCAACACCGGCGGCAUGGGCGCCUACGCACCCGCCCCCGUCGCCACCCCCGCGAUCAUGGACCGCAUCAUGCGCGAGGCGCUGCGCCCCACGAUCGACGGCAUGCGGCGGGAGGGCUUUCCGUUUGUGGGGCUGCUGUUUACCGGGUUUAUGCUCACGAGCGACGGGCCCAAGGUGCUCGAGUAUAAUGUCCGCUUCGGCGAUCCGGAGACGGAGGCGCUGAUGCUGCUGCUCGCGGACAAGGUCGAUCUGUAUGAGGUGUUGUUGGCCUGUGCGGAACACCGUCUUGACGCUGUCGACAUCGCGAUCAAGCCAGGAUACGCAGUGUCCGUCGUUCUAGUCUCGGGCGGCUACCCAGGGAGCUAUCCCAAAGGCAAAGUCAUCACCGUCGGAGACGUGCCCUCUGACGUGGUCGUCUUCCACGCGGGCACGGCGCUCAAGGGCGCCGACGUCGUCACAGCCGGCGGUCGCGUCAUCGCCGUCUCGUCGCACGCGCCCACACUCCAAGACUCCCUCCGCGCGGUCUACGCCGCGAUCGAGCAGGUCAACUUUGAAGGCAAAGUCUUCAGACGCGACAUCGCCCACCGCGCGCUCUCAGCCGCAGCCACAAAAGACGCAGCACCAGCCGAGGGGCUCACAUACGCCGCCGCAGGCGUCUCCGUCGACGCGGGCAACUCGCUCGUCGACGCGAUCAAGCCGUUCGUGCGCUCCACGCGCCGCCCGGGCGCCGACGCCGAGAUCGGCGGCUUCGGCGGCGUGUUCGAUCUCAAGGCGGCGGGCUACACCGAUCCGCUGCUCGUCAGCGGUACGGACGGGGUCGGCACGAAGCUGCGUGUUGCGCUUGAGUCGGGGAUACAUGAUCUCGUCGAAAUGAACGGCACAGGCAUCGACCUCGUCGCGAUGUCCGUCAACGAUCUGCUCGUGCAGGGCGCGGAGCCGCUCUACUUCCUCGACUACUACGGCUGCAGCAAGCUCGACGUCGCCGUCGCGACCGAGGUCGUACGCGGCAUCGCCGAGGGCUGCAGGCGCGCCGGCUGCGCGCUCAUCGGGGGCGAGACCGCAGAGAUGCCGGGCAUGUACCAGGCCGACGACUACGACCUCGCCGGGUUCGCAGUCGGCGCCGUCGAGCGCCCCCUGCUCCUCCCGCAGCCCGGCAUCGCACCAGGCGACGUGCUCCUCGGCAUCGCGUCCUCAGGACUCCACUCCAACGGCUUCUCGCUCGUGCGCAAAGUCAUCUCGCUCUGCCCCGACCUCUCCUACACCUCCCCGUGCCCCUGGGACCCCCCAUCCCCAACCUCAACAACGACAACACUCGGCCGCCACCUCCUCGAGCCCACACGCAUCUACAUCCCCCAAGUCCUCCCCGCGUGCCGCCUCGGGCUCAUCAAAGGCCUCUCGCACAUCACCGGCGGCGGCUUCACCGAAAACAUCCCGCGCGUUCUGCCCAGCGGCACAGGGUGCACCGUCGACGCAGCCGCGUGGCCCCUGCCCGCUGUGUUCCGCUGGCUCAUGCAGCGCGGCAACAUCGCGCCCGCGGAGAUGGCGCGCACGUUCAACAACGGGAUCGGCCUCGUCGCUAUCGUCGACAGAGUCAGCGUCGAUAGCGUGAUACAAGUGCUGCAGCGCGACGAGGGCGCCGCGCGCGUGUACAGGAUCGGCGAGGUCACGGCGACGCCGGGUGUCGAGCUCAGGAACUUGGAUGCGUGGCGGUGA